CAUCUUCGCCCCAUACGUUCUCAGCAGCAGAUCCCCCCCUCUCUCUCUAUCUCGCUCUCUCUCUCUCUCUCUUUCUCUGUAUCUCUCUCUUUCUCUCACUGUGAGUUGCAGGUGUGAUGAUGAUGGAGAGCACGGGCUCCACUCCUCCUCCCCCUGUUGUUGAUCAGGAGGCGGUGGUGGUGCAUCAGCAGCCGCAGCUGCCGCCUGGAUUCCGGUUCCACCCGACGGAUGAAGAGCUCGUAGUGCACUACCUGAAGAGAAAGGCCUCCUCUGCGCCCCUUCCCGUCACCAUAAUUGCGGAGGUCGACCUCUACAAGUUUGAUCCAUGGGAGCUCCCUGGGAAAGCUACCUUCGGCGAGCAGGAAUGGUACUUCUUCAGCCCGAGGGACCGGAAAUAUCCGAACGGGGCCCGGCCUAACCGGGCGGCGACGUCGGGCUACUGGAAGGCCACCGGCACGGACAAGCCGAUCCUGACCUCCGGCGGGGCACAGAAGGUUGGGGUGAAGAAGGCGCUCGUGUUCUACAGUGGCCGGCCUCCCAAGGGGAUCAAGACUAAUUGGAUCAUGCACGAGUACAGGCUCGCGGACAGCGGGAGCAAUUCCAAGUCGAAUUCCGAUUUUACGAACAAGAAAAGUUCGUUAAGGCUUGAUGAUUGGGUGUUGUGCCGAAUCUAUAAGAAGACCAACCAUUCUCAGAGGCUGAUUCUUCGAGACAGAGUGGAGUGCGUGGAUGAGAUGCUGGCUUUGUUGCCCAACAUGGAAGGACACAGCUCCAAGCUCCAAGCUGCUCAAAAGCCUCAGAAUUUCGCGCCUCUGGUCCAGAACGACGAUAACUUCUUCGAGGGGCUGUUGGCAGACGACGGCGCAAUCGCAAGGAACUCCAUCUCUCAAUUGCCAGCCUCGUCGAGCAUGGUGCAGAACAGCAACGAAGCAGCCGAGAUCUCGAUGAUCACGGCAGCGGCGGCCACCGGAGGAGUACUUGUCGGAGGCUCCAUUAAUCCCAACCUGCCAUUGAAGAGAACCCUCCCCUCCCCGUAUUGGAACGAAGGGCUGCCAUCCAUCAGGAGAUUUCUGGCCACCGCCAACGAUGUUGGCAGCAGUUCUUCCAUGGCAGCUUUGCUCAACCAGAUGCCAAACGGUGCAGCUGCUUCUUCUUUCCAGCAGAACCAGCAUGCCCUUCUGGGGACGGCUCUCGCUGAUGGGGUUCUCAGGCAACAAUACCAUCUCCAUGGAAUGAAUUGGAAUUCUUGAUUCCUUUUCGAAACCUUAUGUUUGGUGGAAACCAAAUUCCUGGGAAAUCAACGAUUCUUAGAUCAUACAAGGAAGACGACAAAUAAUAGCAUGACACAUGUUUGACAAGAUGCAGCUGAGCAUAUAUAAUUUAUGAAAAGUGACUUUUAAAAAUUCAUCUGAUUGUGCCCCCAAGGUUAUUCUAGUGGCCAGUAGAAAGGCAAAAAAAUCUAGGAUGAAAAGAUAUGGAAAAGACAUAGGCUUGUUUUAUUUGAUUGCUUUUUAUAUUUACAAAUAUGUUAUAGUCACAGAAUCGCUAAUGUAAAGGAGAAAUCUUUAUUUGGAUCUUAUGGAAAUUGUAGUUAUGGAGCUUGUAGAAACAGCUUUGACUGUUUGUUGCCGUUCAUAGAAUUUAUAGUUUUAAGUUUUGGUUUCCUUUUUCUUUUUC